AUGACCGCGAGAUGCUUGUUGUACAGGUACAGCUUCCAAAUCAAGCUCUUUUGCGGUCUUACGCUGUUGCUGCUGCUGACUAUUUUCGGUGUGGCGACGCAACGGCUUGUAUCUCAACACGACCAGAAUCGAUCCCUGAGGUACAGUAGUAACAGCAAACCCAGUGUGUACAAGGGCAAUGUCACGCUGGAUUUCUACAGGACUUUUGAAGACAAGACUUUCCUUGGCAUCAUACCCUACAAGGCAUAUAGUAUGUCACGACCUCGGAUUGCUGUGCAAGUAGCUUGGAUGAACUUUUGGUACGAAGGUCGGGUAGACUUUUACCUGGGAGAUAUUUAUGAGGUUGAGGACGCUUUCUAUUCCAAUCCAGAACUGGUGUGCACCGAUGCCCUGGACAGAUUUGCAUCCACUUUUGGCCAAGAAGAUCGAACAAUCAAGAACGUACAUCGCAUCAAUGUUUUGGUGGUCCCCCAGUUGGCGCGAAACACCAAUGGGUGUGCCACAGUGGAUGUGCCCUUGGGUGGGUGUUGUCUGUACAAAGCGCCGGCAUUUGUUCUCACAAGGGAUAAUGAUGGCCUUGCCACAACAGGUUCUUUGGGAUCGCUUGGUUCACAAAAUUUCUUUGGCUACGUGGCAAGCCAUGAAGUGGGUCAUGUGUUUGGGUUGCGACAUACCGCCGAAACAGACGAAGCGGCACCGAGGGGUAUUUCUUAUUUUAGCUGUGGUUUGAACUUGAGGUAUCCACAAUUCUCGGUAUUUGACGACCCAAUAGCACACCCUGAUCUCAAGUUCUGGGACAUGGUCACAGGGGAACUCUAUACCUACACAGAUUGGCAUGCUCAAUCCAAUUUCAUGACUUCCACAUGCAAUCUUGGACUGGGCAUUGUUUGGAAAGUUGGCAUCUUCCGAUACAAGUACGAACCCAUCUUUGAUGCAAUCUUGGAAUGCUGGUUCUCGAGAUCCAAUUCCAGGGAUGAUGAUAUAAUCAGAGAACUCCCAUAG